CAAUUUUAUUUCAGAAAAGAUCUAGGUCAUGCUCAAAUGAUGGUUGAUGAGCUCUUUUCACCCCACUCUGAUUUGGAUUCCGACUGUGAACUAGACAGAGCUGUUACCCAAAUCAGUGUAGAUCUGGUGGAUGACUACCCAGCCUCCGACCCACGAUGGGCUGAGUCUGUCCCUGAGGAAGCACCUGGGUUUAGCAAUACAUCACUGAUUAUUCUUCACCAGCUAGAAGACAAGAUGAAAGCCCAUUCUUUCCUUAUGGACUUUAUUCACCAAGUUGGCUUAUUUGGACGUCUUGGCACUUUUGCAGUAAGAGGGAUGCCCAUGGCAACUCGACUGUUGCUCUGUGAGCAUGCAGAAAAGUUAUCAGCCGCCAUUGUUCUCAAGAACUACCACUCCAGGCUCUCGGACCUGCUGAACACAGCAAUAAUGAUUGCUUUAAACAAGAGGGACUGUGAAAUCCCAUCCAACCUGACUCCAGCAGAUGUCUUUUUUAGAGAAGUGUCCCAGGUAGACACCGUCUGUGAGUGCUUACUAGAGCAUGAGGAGCAGGUCUUAAAGGAUACAUCAUUGGAAUCUGUUGAAUGGGCUGAGGUGGUCAUCAAUGUGAACAGUAUUCUCAAGGACAUGCUACAAGCUGCUAGUCAUUAUCGACAAAAUAGAAACUCCUUAUAUAGAAGAGAAGAACCACUAGAACAGGAACCUGAAUAUAUUCCUUGGACAGCAACAAGUGGUCCUUCAGGCAUCCGAACAGUAAUAGAACGCCAGCAUGGAAUUGUCCUGAAAGUGGUUUAUCCUCAAGCAGACAGCAACCUCCGAAACAUUCUGACAGAGCAGCUGGUAGCACUGAUUGAUUGCUUCCUGGAUGGUUAUGUUUCCCAGCUGAAGUCUCUGGACCGAUCUGGUGAUCAAGAAAGAUAUAACAGUCUGGAAAUGGAAUACCUACAGAAAAGAUCAGAUCUCUUAUCUCCACUUCUCACACUAGGCCAGUACCCGUGGGCUGCUUCAUUAGCAGAAAAGUACUGUGACUUUGAUAUCUUAGUACAGAUGUGUGAGCAGACUGACAACCAGACCAGACUCCAGCGCUACAUGACCCAAUUUGCCGAUCAGAAUUUUUCAGACUUCCUCUUCCGUUGGUAUCUGGAGAAAGGAAAGCGAGGCAAAUUAUUAUCUCAGCCCAUUUCUCAGCAUGGAGAGUUGGCGAAUUUUUUGCAGGCUCAUGAACAUCUCAGCUGGUUACAUGAAAUUAACAGCCAAGAAUUAGAAAAGGCUCAUGCAACACUUCUGGGUUUGGCAAACGUGGAAACUCAUUACUUUGCAAAGAAAAAAACCCUUCUUGGUUUGAGUAAAUUGGCUGCAUUGGCUUCAGACUUUUCAGAGAAUAUGCUGCAAGAAAAAAUUGAAGGUAAAAGAAAGGAUUUGAACAUCAGUCAUGCUAUCAAUGAACUCUGUGCAUUCCUAUUAUCAUUUAAUAGGGUUCAUUAGACAUAGGACCUGUCUCUCCUUUAAGAGGAGUGAUUUCAGUGUCGUUAGACCCUUACUCAAGUAUGUUUUUUGGGAUUCUGUUUUUUAGAGAAAACUUGUAUGUUAAAUAAGAAUUCCUAAGAAGGAUGUUAUAUGAUUUGAAGAGUGCUCUGAGUACAUCCGUAGUGAUUCAUAUUCUAAGAACAAGAAGAACUGCAAAGAAAUCUUGACCUUUACUCAGUGGGUUUUAUUGUAGAUAGUGGUAAUUUUGAAGCUACUGGUUUCAGAAUUCAAAACUUUUUGGUGUCAUAAUUGUAUACAACUAUUUUGUUAUAUUGUAGGUUGAGAAAAUGAUUGGCUAUAUUGUUAUUUUUGAGAACCAAGGGGAAGGGAGAUGAAAUUUAGAAGGAAGAUGAGGAAGAACCCUGUACUGCAUUUGAAUUGGAGAUAAUCAGAUGGAAUCAUGAUUGUUUAAAAUUAAAGUAUUUCUUGGCUCUGUUCACUGAAAAGGCCUAAAAUCAGUGACACCCCAGUAGCAUGAGUAUACCUAGUCCUAUACGUUGGCUUCUAACUACUAUUUCUCAGUAAAAGGAAUUGAGGAUUAUUGGAGAAAUGAUCUUGGGAAGUCUUGUUUAGCCAGAAAGCAGGGUUAAUGUAGAAAUGUCAACACAACAGCCUCCACUGGCCAAGUUUGGGGAUAAUUUGAACACCAAAAAGAAUGAUAGUAAAGCAUUUUAUUUCACCGUUUAAAAAACGUUUAAAAACAAAAAAUCCAUAAAUCCACAGUGAUACCCAAAAGGGGAGGGGUCAGUGAAAUGCUUCUUUACAAAAAAAGAAUACCAACUAAUGUAGAAUAGGACUUGGGAAGUCAUCUUGCAACCAUGGUGACUAAUUAGUCAUCAAAGGAUGCUAAAACCAUUGAGUUUAAGGGUUAGGGGAAGAAGAUCGUGUCAUGUUUUCAGAGUAUUAUUACACAGAUCUAAUAGAUACCAUCGUCAGCAGUGAGACAAACUCACAUUACGUGCUUCCUGGAGUGAUGUAAUGUGGCAGUAUAGAAUACCACCUGUGUUACUUUCAUGCUAGAAAUGGUCAACCUGAAUCUAACCACAAGGGAGUGAUUAGAUAUAUCCUGUUUGUGGGGCAUUUUACAAUAUAAUUGGCCCAGACUUCAA